AUGGCAUUCUCAAGACAGUUUAGUAAGCGAUACAUAUUCGCUCGUCUGGGUACCUAUGGGUCUGAGACCAAAGUUUUUGCAGGCAGAGACUUGUUCGGUAGUAAGCUCAACUUCUCAAUGGUCCAUGGAGAACUAAGGCUUCUUGGUGGAUGGCCCCUCUUCGUCAAGAACCACCGUAUCGAAGCAGGACACGUGUGUGCUUUCAUGUUCGAGGAAGAGGAAGAGGGUGACCUGUCACUUAAGGUGCAUGUGCUAGGUACUGUGCCACUGCAAACAAUCUAG